AUUUAUUUAUUUUAUUUCUCUCUAUCUAUCUAUCUAUCUAUCUAUCUAUCUGGAAAAACUCUCUAAUGGCCAGCAGCAGUUUUCGUGCUGCAGCAAGACACUACUACCUUCCACCAGAUUCACAUGUCAAAAACCUGACUCCUUUGCCAAUUUCUAUUACCUUCAGGCACUUUCCUCUCCAUCAGCAGAGGUACUAUAACCAGUUAUGUUCUUCUUCAAUGAACGGUUGCCAAGGAAAUAAUAAUCCAACAAUUCAAUUGCCAGUUAAAAACAUCGAGACCCGUACAUUCCCAGCGGUUUCAUCAAAUGCAUUGGCAAUGGAGAGUCUCAAAUCCGCCAUUUCACAUUUGAAAUCCCAACCACCUCCUUCUUCUUCUUCUUCUGCUUCCUCUGGGAUUAUUCGUCUCCAGGUGCCAAUCCAGCAGCAAAUAGAAGCAAUUGAUUGGCUACAUGCCCAAAAUCAACUUCUUCUUCCACGCUGUUUCUUCUCCGGUCGAACCCAAAGCGCCACUUCCAAUUUGUUUAUUGAUCGCAUUGCCAGCUAUGGAAAUGCAAAUGGGAAUGGGAAUGGGAAUGGCUCGGUUGUAAAUAAUUUGAUCAGUGUUGCUGGUAUUGGCUCUGCUGUCUUCUUCAGGCACAUCCAUCCUUUCUCAUAUGCUGAUUGGAAGUCCAUCAAGAGGUUCCUCUCAAGGGAAAGCCCACUAAUUAGAGCUUAUGGGGCAAUACGUUUUGAUGCAAGAGCUGACAUAUCUACUGAAUGGGAAGAAUUUGGUUCAUUUUACUUUAUGAUUCCUCAGGUUGAGUUUGAUGAGCUUGAAGAUUAUUCAAUGCUUGCUACAACUGUUGCUUGGGAUAAUGCACUUUCUUGGACAUGGGACAAGGCAAUCAAUGAUCUUCAAGCUACUAUGGACCAGGUCUCUUCAAUGGUUGUAAAGUUGAGAAAAGAAGUUCCUAGGACAUUCAUAUUAAGCAAUAAUCAUAUCCCCAGUAAGGCAUAUUGGAAGUCUGCUGUUAACCAAGCUUUGCAGAUAAUAAGCAGAAGUGACACAGAACUUACUAAGGUUGUAUUUGCACGUAGCAGCAGAGUGAUAACUACUACUGAUAUUGAUCCCAUAACCUGGUUAGCUUGCUUACAGGUUGAAGGUGAAAAUGCUUAUCAGUUUUGUCUUCAGCCACCUAAUGCACCUGCAUUUAUUGGAAACACGCCAGAGCAACUGUUUCACAGAAAAUGGCUUGAGAUUAAGAGUGAGGCUCUGGCUGGAACCCGUGCCAGAGGUGAAUCAAUGCCUGUAGAUCUUCAGAUAGAACUCGACUUACUUUCCAGUCCAAAAGAUCACCUUGAGUUUACCAUUGUGCGAGAAAGCAUAAGAAAAAAAUUGGAGGAUGUAUGCAGUGAUGUGGUAGUUCAACCUAAGAAAUCGAUACGAAAACUCCCAAGAGUCCAACAUUUAUAUGCUAAAUUGGCUGGCAGAUUAAGAAAUGAAGAUGAUGAGUUUGAAAUUUUAUCUUCUCUUCACCCAAGUCCAGCUGUAUGUGGAUUUCCAACAGAAGAGGCACGAGUUUUAAUUGCAGAAACAGAAGUAUUCGACCGAGGAAUGUAUGCUGGUCCUGUUGGUUGGUUUGGUGGAGGGGAGAGUGAGUUUGCUGUUGGCAUCAGGUCAGCAUUAGUGGAAAAGGGCCUUGGUGCAUUGAUCUAUGCUGGAACAGGAAUUGUAGAAGGCAGUAAUGCAUCAUUAGAGUGGGAAGAAUUGGAACUCAAGAUUUCUCAGUUCUGUGGUGGCAGGUGCUAAAAACCAAUUUUUAUAUGUUUGGUUUAUGUUGUAGUUCACCAAAUUGCUUAAACUUGAAGUUCCUACAAGAUAAAGAAACUUGAUUAUUCAAGGACAAUCCUCGACUGAGAAGUGAUGAUAAUGGAAGUCUGAUUUGAAAUCCAACAUCAGAAUCAUUUAUCUGGUUCACAAACCUAAACAAUCCACUUUCUAUUCAAUCUUCAAACGCAACUGGCAAAAAUCUUCUGAAAUAGAGACUUCAAAACAAUAAGAUUAAGAGCACCUGCAAAUCUUGUGAGCCUGGCCACAGAUGUGCCAGGCUUGGCAGGGAUCAUAUCCUUAUUGGAGAGAUUGUUAAUUUUGCUUCCAGAUUCAACAAAGAACGCUCCAUUCACCAUAAGAUCCCCCUCGGAACUCCAAUUCCAUGAUUUCCACUCACUCUCAGGUGUAUAGCCCCUCUUUGUCACCUAAAUCAUCAAGGAAACAACAUUAUAAUUUUCUUUACUUAAAAUAUGAUGUGUAUGCAUGUAAAUGCAUAUAUUUUAUUACCACAACGUGAUUGUGUUUUUCUGUUUUUUGUUU